AUGCUUCGAUGGACUGACACUGUUGAAAUCAAAACACCGAAUCUUCUUAUACCUACACAAAUAGCUAACUAUGUGGAAUCAUUGCCAUUCUGCAAGAUCAGUGUUCCAUCUUCGGCUGACCGUUUUGCCAUAAUGCAUCAUAGCCGCCUCUUGGACGUCUACGCUAUUGAUGGGCAGAAUAUAGUUCAGGAAUCGAGCGUGCAAGUGCUGGAAGAUGAGUUCCCUCAAUACUGCUUGUUAGAAUUUACUGCUUCUGGAUCACUACUUCUGUCAACCCGGAGUAGUGCGCAGAUUGACGUAUUUGAUCACCAGGGCGGGUACUGCUAUGAUAUUCCAUUGGAAUCCCCGGCAAACAAUAUUGACUUGGUAUGUGCUAUAUCUGCCAUCCGAACUAUUGCCAACACUUCAACAGAUGAUAAAUAUCUCGAUAUUUUAUACGCUCUACAAUACAAUGGGACCAUGUCCGUUUAUAAAAUCGGGCGCUUGACAAGAGUCACCAGAAGCUUAUUGGUCCAUCCAUUAAUUGGAUUGGCGGGUACAUUUUGUGUUUUACCAAAAUAUAAUCUCCUCUUGGUGGCAUCUCAUUAUCGCGCUUCUGCUGAGGGAAAUUUGCCUGGAGGAUUGUGCUCCUUCCGGCUAACAGAUGCAGAACCAUUUGUGGAACCAAUACGAUUCGCGAAUGACCAGGCUGGCUGGCUGUCUCGUCUUCCCUUCAGCUCCGCUAGUUAUGCAUACUUGGUUUCCAUGUCUUUGAACGAGUCAUCAUCAAAGUUGGUCGCUGUGUCUAGCAAUGGCGACUUCCACCUGUUUGAUGUUAGUCUAUAG